UGGCUACGAUAGUGCACGAACGGGUCAAUGUCUGAGCAUCUGAAAUGUAUGGUGGUGAGGUGAAACCCAUUGCGAGCGAAAAAUGGUUUAAGUCAUAUCAAUUCGCUGCGAAGUAUGUGGUGUAGGUGCGUGCUUUAAGUCCCGCGAGACCAGGUGAACGGUGAUGUGAACCCGUUUGGGCGCUACGUGCGAAAAUACGGCGAGGCAGGCGUGAAGGCGAUCCGCGUACGCCCCGACGACCGAGAAUCGGAAGAGCAGCACGCACACAGCGACAGCGUACGGCACACGGCCAGACAACGACGACGGCGAAUAGCAGUGCGCGGCGGUGUCGAAAUAAACUACAGUGAUUAGCGUACAAGAGAACCUCUGGCCGCCAUCGCCAAGUGCGACACGGGGUGUAUCUACCCAAGCAAUGUGAUAGAUUAGACGACCGCCAGCGAUUCGGAUUAUCACCCAUCCACAGCCACAGCGCCAGCGCCGUUUGUGAGCGAGUGCGAGCGACGCGUGGAGUAUGAGCGGACGACCGAGAACCACGUCCUUCGCCGAGGGCAACAAGCAGCCGCUCAACCCACCACUCGGCGGCAUGAAGAUUUGCAGUAAAGAUGGGGGCAAAGUGACGACGGUGGUUGCUACUCCGGGUCAAGGACCGGACAGACCGCAAGAGGUCUCCUACACCGACACAAGGGUCAUUGGAAAUGGCAGCUUUGGGGUGGUGUACCAGGCCAAGCUUUGUGAUACUGGCGAAAUGGUUGCAAUCAAGAAAGUACUUCAGGAUAAGAGAUUUAAGAAUCGUGAACUCCAAAUAAUGAGGCGGCUUGAGCAUUGUAAUAUAGUCAAACUAAAAUAUUUCUUCUACUCUAGUGGUGAUAAGAGGGCUUCGGUUCCUUGCGAUUUGAGCAUAUUGAUGAAUACCAGCUCGCAGAAAGAUGAAGUAUACCUUAACUUGGUACUGGAAUAUAUCCCAGAGACGGUAUACAAGGUCGCACGAUACUACAGUAAAUCAAAACAAACAAUUCCCAUCAGCUUUAUAAAGCUAUACAUGUAUCAAUUAUUCCGAUCGCUGGCUUACAUACAUUCGUUGGGCAUUUGCCACCGAGAUAUCAAGCCACAGAACCUACUACUUGCGCCUGAUACAGGCGUGUUGAAACUGUGCGACUUCGGCAGCGCUAAACAUCUUGUGAAGGGUGAACCGAACGUGUCGUACAUUUGCAGCCGCUACUACCGGGCGCCAGAGCUGAUAUUUGGCGCCAUUGAUUACACGACGAAGAUUGACGUCUGGAGCGCCGGGUGCGUGCUCGCCGAGCUUCUGCUUGGCCAGCCCAUCUUUCCAGGCGACUCGGGCGUCGACCAGCUUGUUGAGAUCAUCAAAGUGCUUGGCACACCAACCAGGGAACAGAUUCGCGAGAUGAAUCCGAACUACACCGAAUUCAAGUUUCCUCAAAUCAAAUCUCAUCCCUGGCAGCAGUCAUUGCUGGCGCGCAUGGCGCUUCCAAAAUGUACUACCGAACACCAAAAGAUCCGCGUCUUUAGAGCUCGCACUCCCCCAGAGGCUAUCGAACUAGUGGCACGUCUCUUAGAGUACACGCCCUCGUCCAGGAUCAGCCCUCUGCAGGCAUGCGCCCAUCCAUUCUUCAACGAGUUGCGCGAAAAAAACACACGCCUGCCGAAUGGGCUGGAACUGCCACCGCUGUUUAACUUUACGGAACAAGAGUUGAAUAUCGAGCCGAAGCUAAACGCCACGCUGAUUCCGCGAGGUCAAGAGGCGAGCAGCAGUCCGCAAGACGGCGGCGCAGGCACAUCGACGGCGACCGACGGCAACUCCGACGCGCCGGUCGCGCCCGCCCAGGCGGCUACGUCGGGCAUAGCUUAGGUAGUUUUUAAAUGCGAUCAUCCCCAAUCUACUUUCCCCCCUUGUCUCAAUUUCCUUUGUUUCGUGGGACAAAGUAAAUUGAUGAAGUUUCAAUCCCGGGGCGUGGAUCUCUACUCACACACACACACACGUUUGUUGAUUUUUAAGUAAUUAUUAUUCGUAUCUCCGUAUCAGCCAUCUCAAUCCACACCAACACGAUUUUUCCGCUGCUCGCUGAAUGCGAAUCUAUUAUAAAAUGAAUAUAUUAUAUUUAAAGCAACCAAUGAUUGCAACAAGGCGUUUGAAACAAAGCAAUGCAGCAUAUAACGAUUUACUAAAAACUCUACACCCUCUUAUAUUAUAUACAUGAUGAUAUGCAAUUGAUUGAAACACGGUUCAUUGUAUUUAAAAUCUCUCUCUAAACUUUUUCUCUGACUAUUAUCUUUAAAUUUAACUUUAUAUAAAUUAGGUGAAGCGAACGGAAUAUACCAUUGCAGUGGAUGCAGAGACGCGCGAGAGACACAGCAGCAAACGCAUCGGGUUCAUUAUCGCGGUUUGUAAUAACUGAGCGAGUCGAGUGUGGGGAGGAUGUUUUAACUAAUCGGACAGCUGUACUAUAGGGUAAUUAUACGAUCUGCUCUGAGGGAGGGUGGCACGAUGCGGGUGAAGGCGGAUGAAUAGCGCCGCCCGUUCCCUUGGGACAGUGCAAUUAUAUAUAAACAAGAUAUAUAUAACGUGCGAUGUACAGAAUAUUACGUGUUUUUGCAGUAGGCAUUUUUGUAUUCGUCAACGAUGCCCCCUCUUCCCCGAUUUUAUUAAUUUUUCUUCAUUAAUGAAAUUAUUAUUAUUACUUAGAGUUGAGGUGAUGUUGUUUCAAUAUUAUUCCCUCUCGUCGUCGGAAGUGCAAAGUUUUCUACUGUUUUCGACAAAUUCGACACGAAGCAUGAUAUGCAAACAUCUUUCUAUUAUAAAUUCUAGCGUGUGCGGGAAUCUAAGCAAGAUAUUUCUACACUCACACACAAACACUUAUUAUCUCAUUAGAAAAUGGGCUUGGGCGGCUCGCUGCUGCGUGGCGUUCGCGGUCGUUAAACAAAUAUUUAAGGGACGCGCGCGCAAGCCGCCGUGUCAAGCACCAGCGCGACGUCGGAACACAAUCAGUCGCUGAUGCAUUCAAGAAAACCAUAGCAAUUGUAAUUGUAUAAACAAGUGCGAUUGAGUUGCCGACGUUUUCAACGCCACAUUUGUAGUAAUAAUGUAAUAUGUAAAAUGCAUCCAAAUAUGUGUUGAGGAUCGGUCGUCGGGAGCGAUUUCUGAAAAUAUCACUAAUCGGACCAGCACAUUGAGAUUUAUCUUAGAGCGCCGUGCGCCAUUGCAUACAAGAGCGAGAGAAUUCGUACAGCAAAGUUGCCACGUUGUUUGCUGGACGCCUGUAAUAUUUAUUUACCCUGAAUUGUAUACCUAGGAAUAAAUACACCGCUCGCACCGGAAUCGCUCCCGAUCGAAUUCGCACGAAAUUAUAAAUUGAACACUACUAGGUAGUUAGAAGUAACAAUACAAAGAAUAAGUAAUGAAUUUAGAUAAAAAUGAAUACAAAGAAAAUAUAUGAUAUACCUUAAAAAUACAAGUUAUAGUAAUAAUGGAUUAUGGACCGUCGAAACUACCGAUGCCCUAUUUUGCCUGUCGAAACCUGUCUAUUGUUUUUUUUGUUGUGUACAUUGUGUUGUGUCGAAGGUGUUCUUAUCGUUUUGCUUUGUUUCCUAUUACGUUCAUUCUUUGACGUGUUCAUCGUAUGUGUCUGCCGUGCACCAGAAAGCAAUUCAAUCACGAAGUGAACACACACACAACGGUGGUAGUGGUGGUGGUGGUGGGUGAUGAAAAUGAAUAUAUUUGUUCACGUUCACGCCUUCUGUACACGAGUAAAUCGAACCUACAGCUAACUAAAAAACUAAAUUAAUAACUAAACUAAAGACGCAAGAAAUAUGAGACAAACAAAAACAUUUAGAUGAAUUUAUAUAUAUUAUAUAUAAAUCCUAUAAUAAUACAAUAGAUUUUAAGCGAAGUGUGUUGUGCUCCCGUAAUAUAUUUAUUAUUAAUUCUACUAUUGAUAAACGAUUGCUACUCAUACCACUGACGAAUUGUUGAAUUUGACUAAUAACUUUUUAAACAGCAUCGCAUCACAAAAGUUGUAAUGUUUAGACACGUGCGGCAGCAUGCACACAUGGUUGCAUACGUAGAUAUGUUGUCGCAGCCGAUGUUUGCUGAAAUGUUUAGAGAAAAAUCAUGAUUAUCACCCAAAAAAUUCGUAAUCUCGGGCGCUGGCAUAAAUCUAGGUUUACAUUUCGGAUUACAAAUUUAACAUAAUUGCAAAGAAUAUGAAUAAUACAUUUCUUCUUAGUGCAUAUAAUUUAUUUUACUUGUGUGAUUGUACAUAAUUUUUAGCAUAUAUUAUUAUCUAUUAAUUAAUGUAUGUUUAAUUAAAUUUAAAGAACACGUAACAGGGCA